AUGACUUCAACUUUGGUCAGUAGCCGGGGGCCCAAAGCUUCCGAUUGGGCGAAGAUGAAGCCGUACAUUGCGGAGCUGUACAAGGUGCGACAGCUUCCAUUGAAGGCAGUCAUGAAGGAAAUAGAAGACAAGUAUGCUUUCAUCGCCAAAGAAGCAGAUUAUCGAACCAGGAUCAGAAGAUGGGGUGCCGCAGAUGCGUCAUGGAAGAAGAAUGGAAGUAGCGACGUUAGCGAAGCAAUCGCGACUACGCUCCUUCGCUACGCACAAUCCGGCUACGAGAUCGAACUUUACAGAUGGGGGGAGCUGCUUCCGGAGAGAGAAGUUCACCGGAUCAAGAAUCAGAGUCACGUACCUCUCCUCAAGCUGUUCAAUGCAAGCCCUCCAGAGCUACCGAAGGGAUACGUCCUUCGCCCUCAGCUCAAAGACCGUGUCGAAGACCUCACAAUCGAUCUGCCUUUUUUGACUCUAGAACGUUGUAUCUACGAGCGUUUCACCCCAAUUUGCCCCACGCCUAUGCUGGGCAGCACCGACAUGCUUGAGUUGCGAGACUAUAUUCGCGUUCAACGAGGACUCCCCUUGCUCCAGGUUUCGAACGAAGCGUUGUACGAGCGACUUAUGUCGAAGACAUCGGCAUUGCGCUCGAUUCUUCCAUGUACAGAGGGCCGAAUUGGUGACACCGGCUCUGACUCGAUUCCAAGUAUGCGCAUGGGCGUCCACAUGUCGGAUCUGCACCGCCAUCUUCUGUGCGCACUCGGCAACAAUCUGGCUGGCCUUGGGAAUAUCUCUGGUCAACAGCUCUACCACCUUUUGAGAAUGGUAAGCGACGAGCAUGUUAUCGUGAAGCUUCUGUCCGAAGGAGGGCACUUAAGAUUACCGAUAACUCAGCAACUAUUAAGAGCUUGCAUCGAGGUUGGCAAUGCGUCCAUGGUGGACACGAUUCUGUCGAUGAGAAUGUUGCAGGUUCACAUUAACGAGCUGACUUGCGAAGUGGAUGGGGAGCCUUACACAGCUUUAGAGCGCGCUUCGAUGCUAAGGAACAAAGCUCUGGUCGACGUCAUGCUCCGUCAUGGUGCAGAU